AUGACAUGCUCGGUAUGGCUAAAACAAGUGUGGAUGGACAGAAGACUGGCAUGGGAUCCGAAAAAUUAUGGUGGUGUCAGCGUCCUUUACAUUCCUUAUGAGAUGAUUUGGGUGCCCGAUAUUGUUCUUUACAAUAACGCUGACAGUUACUACAAUAUCACUAUAUCCACGAAGGCAACGUUGCAUCAUUCUGGUCAAGUCACGUGGGAACCUCCUGCGAUCUUCAAAAGCUUGUGUCAGAUUGACGUUAGAUGGUUCCCUUUUGACGAGCAGCAAUGCUAUCUAAAGUUUGGCUCUUGGACAUACUCAGAAGAUCUGAUCAAUUUGGAAUUGCUCAACGAUAAUGUGCGCUACGAAGAAGAGGUUAAUGAACAGGGCAUCGUUGAUAAUAUCACAAUAGCAGACGAUGGAAUAGAUCUGUCCGAUUAUUAUCCUUCUGUAGAAUGGGAUAUAAUGUCCAGGAUCGGCAUUCGUCGAUCCAAAAAUUACCCAAGCUGCUGUAACGAUAAUCCAUAUGUGGAUGUUACGUAUUACUUGAAUCUUCGACGUAAACCAUUGUUCUAUACUGUGAAUUUGGUGUUUCCUUGUGUUGGCAUAUCAUGCUUAACAAUUGCUGUCUUCUACUUACCAUCGUAUUCCGGCGAGAAAGUGUCAAUGUGCAUAUCAAUCGUUGUCGCAUUGACCAUGUUCAUCCUUCUGCUCGUAAGUUGA